UCCCGAUUUCUGUAAAUGUAAAAGUUAUAAAAUAAAUCAAGUAUAUUUACGUUUCUAUAAUAAUAAAACAACAUUCCAUUAUUUCCAUUAUUAUCUAAAAUUGCUACUUCAAGCCGCACAAUUAGUACUAAAAUGUCACAUAAUAUUAAAAUUUUGCCCGGUGCUACUGUUUGCGAGGAUUGUACGUUAGAAGGAGAUAUAACCAUAGGCGGCGGAACAGUGAUUCAUCCCAGGGUGUCUAUUAUAGCUGAAGGUGGACCUAUCAUAAUAGCCGAAUAUUGUAUUAUUGAGGAAUAUUCUACGAUUAUUCACAAAAAAAAUGAGCAACCAGAAAAUCCACUGAAGCCCCUUUUCAUAGGUGCACAUAAUGUAUUUGAAGUCGGAUGCAGACUGGAAUCAUUAUGUGGUCACAUUGGUGAAAGCAAUGUGUUUGAAUGUAUGUCUUUUGUUGGUGUUGAUGUCAAAAUUGGCAGCGGAUGUGUUAUAGGUGCAUCCUGCAAUUUGAAUGCACCACAAACUUUACCAGAUAAUACAGUUAUCUGGGGUUCGGAGCACAAUUACAGGGAAGCAUUAGAGAAACAACCAUCUCAACUACUCCAACUUGACUUUCUAAGCAAAGUGAUGCCAAACUAUCACAGACUAAGGAAAUCCAAUGUGCAUAAAAGGCAGAUGUCAAGGCAAUCCCAAGAAGCAGCAAAAUAAUUAUUCAGUAAAUGAAGAUAUUUUAAAAUGUAAUUGAGCCUUUAUAUUUAUUUCUUGUUUGGAAUCAACUUAUUUUUUAUUUGGCUUACAGGAACAGAUGCAAGCUGUUGAUUCUGUAUUAAAUUUUGCAAGUCUUUAUAUUUUAAAUAUGCCUUUAUUAUAUAUUAUUUCCACGUAACUAAUCUUUAUAUUCAAUAGAUUGAUAACAGUAAAAAUUUCAAACUUUCA